UGUAUAUUUCUUCUGCCUUUGCCGCACACACCUCAGACGUUUCUCUGCGGCUGGGAGGGUUCCUCGCUGUGACACGUACGCAUCGUGCUGGAACACAAGUUGUAAACAGCAGAUGUCCAACAUGAAGAGGGCAGUGGGUGUGGGAGUACCCUUGAUGCUGAUCUUGGCCGUCUCCGCGUACCUCAUCCUGACUGCGUCAAAGAAGGACCCAUUGUCUGAACCCGGACACCGCGUCAUCAAAAGGUCCCUACCAUUGCCAGGUGAACUCCAAGAUGCCCUUAAAGCAGCAGCUGCUGAAGACGCCCCUGCUUACGUCAAGGACAAACGCUUCCUCCCGGCCAUUGCGAAUCUUGCUGGGAACCUUUUAUCAUCAGGAGGGAGCUUCGAUGCAGGAAAACUUACCGACACAAUAAAACAACUGGGUGGUAUGGAGAACAUGGGACCGGAUAUCAUGGCGCAAAGUGUGCAACAGGAGGCUGAGGUCACGGCAGAAGUGGAAAAAGAGGUGGCAGAGGACACGGUCGAUAAGAUAUUUGGAAAAGCUGAACAUGAAAAGAAAGAAGAUGACGGAGACGGUGAUGAUGAUGACGGUGGUGACGGCCAGGAGCAUGAGAUAAAGGCUGAAGUGGACUUCGUUGCACAGAAAGGCAUGGUGGAGGAUGACAUGUUCGCUCCACCAGGGAUGCAGAUGAAAAUAGACGUGAAGAAAGACCCCAGGACGGACAGUGAACCCGAUGAAAGUUCCCAACCAAAGGCGUUCUCUUACCCCAUGGGAAUGGGUCCUGCUCUGAUGAACGGAUGUUUCGGAACAGGAUACAAAAAGGGCGAUCCCUGCUGGAAUAAGAAGGCUUUCAGUCCAGUCUGCCAGAACAUGAUGGAGGGGUGUGCCUACAUCGGGGUCGGCUUUGAUGGUCGCGGAGACUACAGCAGCACGUCCAGAAGGAAAACAGUCGUGCAGCGGAACUGUAAAAACAAGGGCUCGUACCGCAAUGAGGACGUUCCUGACACCAUGAACGUUCACGGCAUCUUUGACACGGACGUGGGGUCCUACGUCUUUGAGUCCAGACAGGCGUAUCGUCACUCCCUUCAGAUGAAAGCCGGAGUGUCAUUUUCCGGAUUUGGCUUCCAGGCUGCCGUUGAGUCAGCAUAUGGGAAGGAGUCAUCAUCACAGAAGCAGUCCUUCAUGUCUCUUAUUCAGUGUGACGUGAUCAGGUAUGAAAUCUUCCUGGAUGAGAUCACGCCGGACACCUUGAGUCUACCCUUCCUGCGAGACUUCUUGGCUCUUCCGAAAAAUUUCAUCGAGGGGAAGGCAAAGCUUCAACGGUUCAUCAUCCGCUAUGGAACCCAUUUCAUCAAGUCAGCAAAGUUUGGCGGUUCCUUCAGGCUGUUUAAGACACAAGAAGCCUCCAAGAGUGAAAGCAUGGAGGAUUUCUCCAUCCAGGCCCAGGCUUCUUAUAAUUCUCUUUUCUUCAACGCCGGUGGUCACUUUGGAAUGGGAAUGUCUAGUGGAUCCUCGCAGUCUUCCAAGACUUCCAACACCCACGUGACAGUAGAAGGAGGCGACCAGGAAGUUGCCUCCAUCGUAGCUGACUUCUACUCCACCGGCUUCAAAGACACCUUCGUGGAGUGGCUGAAGUCCAUCCCUACAUACCCCAAACCCAUCGAGAUGUUCAUGGGCACCAUGUCGGAGCUGUUGGACAUGAACUACAAACUUCUCUUUCCCUUUGACAUCAGUGAUGCUGCAGACGGCUGCUUCAGUGAAAACCUGAAGACCGAAGACAUCACAGGAAGAAAGUACUAUGAGGUGCAGAAGCUGGUAAACAACAGCAACGGAGUGAUGGAAUCUGCCACUGAGAAACGAUAUUGUGACUUCACGUCAGUGGACAAGUUUCAAGAAGGACUGGACAAGAAACGGCUCGCAUUGGAAAGGGCAAUAGUUGUGUACAUGGAAGAGGGACCAGUGCCCACAACUGAUUUCCGCCUAACGGGGGGCAAACCUGGAUGUACGACUGAAGACUUGGGCGUGAAGGGGGGUAGUUCCGGAACUACCUACCCAAAAUGGAUCGAACUCAUCAAUGGUGACACUUAUAAGAUCAUAUUUGAUAUUCCUGAAAACAUCAACUACGAAAUUACGAAGAACACAGAGGCCUUCCUAGUUUAUGCCAGGGGAAAAUGGAAUUGUCACACUGCCGGAUCACCAAUGCACAUGUACAACAGCCGUAACAAUGGCGGGAGUGGCGAUACCAACAACAAGAAGGUCUCCUGCUUUGGUUUUGUGAUGACAUACGAUGAAGCAACCGGAACGUUUGAUGUCACACCUCCAGACCAAGAAGCAUCCAAACAGGUUUUGGGAAACUUGCCACGCAACUACGCAAACAUGGAUGUUGCCAGAGCUGAGUAUGUCAGCCCGUUAGAGCACUCCCAGGCAAAGGGGGGCCGUUCUUUAGCCGCUAUACUCGAGGCGCCCUGCACGGUGAAGUGGUCCAACUCUUACCAAAUCAAGCCCGCGGAGGAGGGAGGAAAGUGUCUGUACUUCGUUGCGGCGUCUUCAGGCGACAUUUUUGUGGUGUUCUCCGCCAUUCCGAGGGAUAAAACCACCUGGUACCAUCUCCAGAUCAGUUACCAGGGUGUUGCGCUCUACAAGGGAAUGAAGCUGGUGAAAUACGAGGGAGCGAAGAAUGCCCGAAGUCUGGGUGACUCCAAACUGUUCCAGCCGUACUUCAUUUGCCUGGAGGAAGACAGUGCAAACCAGCGAACCUACAUCAAGUAUGGCAUCGGCUCUGACACUUCCGAGAAAGGACUAGUCUACAUGGUCUACAAUGAUGUGGGUCCACCAUUGGGCAUCCGUUUCUACUCCUUUGGAAGCGGGGAAAAGGACGUAGAGAUCAUGGACGCCCGAAUCAUCGAGGGAGGGGCCCAGGGAGAGAUGGAAUGUACGGGAGGAACAGUCAUGAAGGAUGGGAAGUGUGUGGAAAACUGUCACCCCGAGUGUAACGGAUGUAUUCCCAUGUCCCCUGGAUCGAAGCUCGACACGGAAUGCCGCAGCUGUAAGCACUUUUCUUUCGACAAGGGCGGUGGAGUUAUCCAGUGCGUCGCAGAAUGCCCAGCCGGUACCGAACCAGGCUCCGAUGGCAAGACAUGCGCAUGUAGUGACUUUGUCUUCCAAAACGAUGACGGAAGUUCCCGAUGCGUCUCGGCAUGCGGAACCGGUUUCGUACCGGGCUCCGAUGGCAAGACUUGCGUUGCGGCAAUGAAGUGGAGAAAUGACUUUCGGUGUGGAAGGCAGUUUCCAGCCCCAGGAGCGAGUCCUGGGCAGUGUAACCCUAAGUCAAAUGCGCCCUGUUGUUCGAAUCAAGAGGGCGGACGGUGCGGGGCCUUGCCAGGUCACUGUGGAUGCAGUAAAUGUUUUGACUUUCGCAAAGGGGUCAAUCUCGCGUUGCUGAAGCCAGCUUACCAAAGCAGCACUUAUGGGUCAGCUCCUGCCAGCCGUGCCGUAGAUGGCGACACCAACAGCGACAACAGAGGUAACUCCUGCACCCACACUAGAGCAGAAAACAACCCCACCUGGUAUGUGGACCUUGGUGAAACGUCCAAGGUUACAAGUGUUGUCAUCUACAACCGCGAGGACUGCUGUGGAGAUCGACUGAACCCCUUCAACAUCCACAUCGGGCACUCCCGCACGGUCACCGACAACCCCAAGUGUGGUGGGUAUCAGCGAAUCGACCUGAGCAAGCCGUCCAUUUCCGUCUCAUGUCCGGGAAUGCGGGGACGCUAUGUGGGCAUCCGUCUUCCCGGAGCCAACCGUAUACUGGCCCUGUGUGAAGUCCAAGUAUUUGCACGAAUCUGUCCGGAAGACAACCGAAUCGUACUGCCCAGUGGUAAGACGUACACCGUCCCUGAAAGUAGCUCAGCGUAUGAGGGCGCAAAGGGAGAAUGCAGACGACAAGGCGGCAUCGUUGCGAUUCCAAGGGACGAAGAGGAACAACGGAACCUGGUGUUCCUAAAGAACUGCGUCAGCAGGGACGCUCAGUUUUGGCUUGGUAUGAAGAAGACAGCGGGUGUCUGGAGAGACGGCAGGGGCACCGCACUGGGCAGUUUUACGAGCUGGGCGUCCGGGGAGCCGAACAACAGAUACAACUGUGCGCACAUCGUUUUCGGGGAUAAAGAGGGGGAACGACGAGACAAGUGGGCAGGUGCAACCUGCCUCCUACGAUUCCGCUACGUCUGCGAGAUACAGGAUGUUCCUUCGAAGUGGCGUGAAGACGGCCAGUGCGGAGAGGGCUACCCUGCUGAAGACGGUAACCCUGCUGAAUGCGACCCUGGCGGUAUUUACCCAUGCUGCUCUGCCGAAAACUGGUGCGGCAACACUGCAGUACACUGCGACUGUCCGGACUGUGUCGACUACAGGAACACAGGCUAGAGGCCACUGCGGAGGCAAGCCCAGUCACGGACCUACACCCUGUUGUGCCGGCGGCGGUUGGUGAAC